AUGUUAGAGAAGGACAGUUUUAUUUUGCUGAUAGGUACCAUGCAUGGCAAACUAACAGUAAGAAUCUUGGCGUACUUCGACCCCGUGUGGAAGCUCAAGAUCGAGGAUUCGAAAGACACCAAGUUCCCUAUCAUCGACGAAAACGAUGUGGAAAACUUCGACUAUGACACCAUGGGAAUAGGCGAUGAUAGAGACGGAGACAGUGAGGAUUCGGAUGACGGUGAUGGUGAAGAUUCGGAUGGACACAAAAGUGAUGAAUCGGAUGACAGUGACAAUAAUGAUGCGCAUGACGGUGCCGGUACAGAUAAGCAACGACGAGUUGGUGAUCGCGAAUUAAGCUCCAGUGGUGAGGGCGCAUCAAGUUCCAGAAACGAGGGCUUAUCAACUCUAGAUGAUAUUUCUACUUUGUGGGGUGAUUUGUUUGGCGAUGACAAGGCUCAUAGUGCUUUGGUCGAUGAUUUGUUAACCGGUAGCAAGGCAAAGGGGGGCCAGAGCGGUAGCAAGGCAAAGGGGAGCCAGAGCGGUAGCAAGGCAGAUGGGCGCAAGAGCGAUAGCAAGGCAGAGGGGAGCCAGAGCGGUAGCAAGGCACAGGACAAAAAAAUCAGAAUCUAA